AUGACAUCACAACAGUUGAAUAUUAUAUUGAAGUCGUUCAGUGACUUGAGUGAGAAGUCGUUGCGACAGACUGUUGCACUGUUCAAACCACACGACGAUGUCGCAGAGAUAAACAAAGCGGAGCGAGGCGAGUUGGUGUCCAGUAUGAAGUCAUUGAUCUGCGCCGAGACCUACUCAUUCAUGUUGGACAGCGCAUUGGGCUUCACAGAUAUCUUCUCCAAGCACUUCAACGUGCCCAACAACAAGGUGCUCGAGCAGCUGACCGCCACGGGCCUCGCUGCCAGUCUCGAGAAGCUGUCCAGCGACAGUCUGCUCGCCGUCUUCAAGCUGCUCUCACUCGAGAGCGACGACGAGCCCACCGAGAACCUGCCUCGUCAAGAGAAGAUGUCGAGAAUCGAGGAGGAGUGCUUCCUGCAGGGUGUCAACAAGCUGCUCAGCAAGUUGGAUCAGGAUGUGUUGAAGAGCUACUGCAAGGAUCUCAAGCUUACAUUUGACGGCAACGACAAGGCCAAGAACGCAGAGGAACUGAUGCGAGUGAUGUUCAAUCUCACUGACGACGAGCCUCCCGAGAUCCCCAUCGCCGGCCCACCUCUCCCCGCACAGGGCAAGACCAAGAAGGCGCCGGCGGCGCCCAAGAAGGCGACCACCAAGAAGGUGCCGGCAGUUGCAAAGAACAAGCCAGCGGCCACCACCACCACCACAAGAUCAGCAGCAGCAGCAGCAAAGCAGACAGAGAUCGACGUUGACGAUGACGAAGAGAUUGUCUCCAGCACCACAAGAACAAGAAGGGCAGCAGCAGCAACUACAACAACUAAGAACAACAAUGGCAAUGGAAAGAAGAGUGGUGAGGCGACGAGCAAGAGGGUCCGACUGCCUGUGCAAAAGUAUGAGGACGAGACCGCCGCCGCUUCAGCAGGUGGCAACAAAAAGAGGAAACAGGUGGAUAGCGAUGUCGAAGAAGACGACAACGAUGACAACAACGACGAAGAAGAAGAAGACUAUGGAUAUAAUGACAAACGAGCAAAGAGUGCCUCUACACAAUCAACCAUCACAAGUAUGGGCGGCUACUAUGAUAAGGGCCGCUUUGUAUCACCGCCGAUCAGCAAGAUCGUCCAGGGCGUGACGGCACUGGACCUGCAUAACAACUACAACCUGGAGCCACUGCAGGAGUUCUGCAAGCUCAAUGACAUCCCGUGCGUAUCCAUGAAGAAGCAGCAGCUGACCAGAGUCAUCGUUGCAUUCCUGGAUUACGGCGUGAAGCCCGAGCCCAAGAAGCCCAAGCUCACCAAGAAGCAGCGAAUGGAGAUGUUGGCGCAGAAGAAGCUGGCAGCCAAGUCAUCUGUCAACGAUGAGAAUGGCGACAAUUGA